CCCGCUAGCGAGUCAUGAUGGUUGAAUCCGCCUCGGAGACGAUACGGUCCACUCCCUCCAGCCAAAACGGGGUCAGCAGCCUCGCGAACCAGCCCGAUGGGGCGGGGGGCGGCGGCGGCGGGGGCGGCGGACGAGAAGGAGCGGCGAGCGGCGAGCCCAACGGCGAGAUGAGCCCCGUGGAGCUCCUGCACUUCCAGCAGCAGCAGGCUCUCCAGGUGGCACGACAGUUCCUGCUGCAGCAGGCCACGGGGCUCAGCUCGCCCGGCGGCAACGACGCCAAGCAGCCGGCGGUGCAGGUGCCCGUGUCCGUGGCCAUGAUGUCCCCGCAGAUGAUCACGCCGCAGCAGAUGCAGCAGAUCCUCUCUCCGCCCCAGCUCCAGGCCCUCCUGCAGCAGCAGCAGGCCAUAAUGCUGCAACAGUUGCAGGAAUAUUACAAGAAGCAACAGGAGCAGCUUCACCUGCAGCUAUUGACACAACAGCAAGCCGGAAAGCAGCAACCCAAAGAGCAGCCGCUAGGGAAUAAGCAGCUGGCCUUCCAGCAGCAGCUCCUGCAGAUGCAGCAGCUCCAGCAGCAGCACCUGCUGAACCUCCAGCGGCAGGGGCUGGUGAGCCUCCAGCCGGGCCAGGGCACCGUCCCGCUGCAGAGCCUCCCGCAAGCCGUGUGCCCCUCGGACCUGCAGCAGCUCUGGAAGGAGGUCACCGCCAGCCAGCCCGUCGAAGACGGCAUCAAGCAAGAGGGCCUCGACCUCACCACCAACACCUCCAACUCUACCUCGUUUUCGGCCGCCAAGGUCUCGCCUCCCAUUUCUCAUCACUCUCUGCCCAACGGACAGAGCGCCAUGCACACGCCGCGAAGGGACAGCUCUUCCCACGAAGACAACCCCGGCUCCCACCCCCUCUACGGCCACGGUGAGUGCAAGUGGCCCGGCUGCGAAACCCUCUGCGAGGACUUGGGACAGUUUGUCAAACACCUCAACACGGAGCACGCGCUCGAUGACCGAAGCACGGCCCAGUGUCGGGUUCAGAUGCAGGUGGUUCAGCAGCUGGAAAUACAGCUGGCGAAGGAGAGCGAGCGCCUGCAAGCCAUGAUGGCCCACCUGCACAUGAGGCCCUCGGAGCCGAAGCCUUUCAGCCAGCCCCUGAACCUGGUCUCCAGUGCCACCCUCUCCAAGAGCACUUCGGAUACGUUCCCAGACAGCUUACCUCAUCCCCCCACCUCCGCCACCGCUCCCAUCACCCCGCUGCGGCAGGGCCCCUCUGUCAUCAGCUCUUCCACUUUACACAACGUGGGGCCCAUCCGCAGGAGAAACUCGGAGAAGUUCUGCACCCCGAUAUCUUCAGAACUUGCACAGAAUCACGAGUUUUACAAAAACGCGGAUGUCCGGCCGCCCUUCACGUACGCCUCGCUCAUCCGGCAGGCCAUCCUCGAGACCCCAGACAGGCAGCUAACGUUGAAUGAAAUCUAUAACUGGUUCACGCGGAUGUUCGCCUACUUCAGGAGGAACACGGCCACCUGGAAGAACGCCGUGCGCCACAACCUGAGCCUGCACAAGUGCUUCGUGCGCGUGGAGAACGUCAAGGGCGCCGUCUGGACCGUCGACGAGCACGAGUACCAAAAGCGAAGGCCACCAAAGAUGACCGGGAGCCCGACUUUAGUCAAGAACAUGAUUUCGGGACUCGGUUACGGAGCACUUAAUGCCAGUUACCAGGCCGCCCUCGCGGAGAGCAGCUUCCCCCUGCUGAACAGCCCCACCAUGAUCAACACGAGCUCCGCCAGCGGCAUGCUGCACGUGGGCCACGACGACGUGAGCAGCACCGUGGAGCAGGUGAACAGCAACGGCAGCAGCAGCCCGCGGCUUUCCCCGCAGCAGUACAGCCACCCAGUGCACGUGAAGGAAGAGCCGGCCGAGGCCGAAGACGACAGCAGGCCCGUCUCGCUCAUGGCCCCCGCCAACCAGAAUGUGACGAUUCCCGACGACAGGGACCUGGAGGAGGAGCUGCCGGUGGAAGACUUGUCCUAAGGACCCUUCCUCCUCCCCGAGGGGCAAGCGCUUCCCGCCCUCCCCAGCCGGAGACGAGCGGCAGCUCCCGCCUCCUCCGGGCCACCUUCGGCGUUAACCCCUUUCUCAAAGGCACUUCCACAGAGCAGAAGGGUUUCCUUGGUGCGACCUGUUGCCGGUGGCACGUCCCUCCUCUUCCCCACUGCCCCGUGCCGCGUCCCCGUCCCGGUGACUGACGGAUUCCUGCAACAGGGGACGCGCAGAGAUACGAAAGCCCAAGAGCUGAACUUUUUCUCCCCCUCCUCCCUCGGUUAGUGACUGGCGGACGAGGAUGGUAGGUUGUUUCUGUCCGAAGUUGUCCCUCCUCCCUUCCCGGCGCCCCCGGAUCCGGUGCGUAAGGAAGGCACCUCCGUCCGCGGAGCCGUGGCUGGGCUCCGCUCUGCUCGGGAAGACGCAGCUCCGGGGUCUCCCCCGCGCCGCCGUGGACGCCACCGGCCUGGGCGUCCUCGGAGGGGAGGCGACGGCAGGACCCCCCCGCCGCGCGUCCCCUGCCCGAGGGGGCUUUGCACUAGGAGGAACCUCGAAGCCUUCCAGCCCACUGCCUCCCUCCAGCCGGAUGGCACCUUCGGGGGAAGAAACACCAGAAACGGGGACGAGACCUCCGCGGUGGCGUGGGAGAUGGCCGUGCGCCCCGGUCCUUCGUUCCGUGGCCGGGAACCGGGGGCGGCCGCGCCGUCGCCGUCGGCUCUCCGUGCCGAGUCGCUGAACCACUCGGAGGGCGGAAGACGUAACCGGUGCUCGCCGUCGUCCCCGAGCCCCGCGGUCCCGGCCGGGCGCCCGGCGGCGUCGAGGCGGUGACGGCUGGGCGGGACGGACGCGAGCUCUUUCCUGCCCCGCGGUGCGCGGCGAACCGCCGGGAAGGCAGCACAGGGCCCGGGCCCGGGCGCCGGCCCGAGACGCGUCUUCCAGUGCAGGGACGGGCUCCGGCGCCCGCUUCUUCCUCCUCCUCCUCCUCCUCCUCCUCCUCUGCUGCCGUCCCCGAAGCCGUGGGGAGUUCUCAGCGGGCGAAGGCCGAGCGCGGCGGGCACGUGCGGUGAGCCGUCCGCGCUCGGGUCCCCCGGCGCCGCCGUGCCGA